GGUGAUAGCGCCUCCAGUGGAGACACGCGAGCACAAGCAACUUUUCAACCCGGGCACAACUACGUCAUGUUUUACUAACCGCCCUAAACAACAACAACAACAACCUACCGUGGCACGUCACGUCACAGUGUGAGCAAGCUCAACUCUUUACAGGUCGGAGUUCUCCAGGAAGAAAUAGCUGAGUGGCAUUUGCCUUUGUGGGGAAGCUCUUAUCAGCACAAACUCCUGUCUCCUCAGAAAGCACGAUUUUGACUGUUGCACUUACAACCUAUACAAACGGCAAGAUGAAUUUGGAAGAAUACUUCAAAAGAAUUGGUUUCCACGGCUCUUUUGAUAAACUGGAUCUUGCGACACUGAAGUUGAUCCACAAGCAGCACGUCAUGUCCGUCCCAUUUGAAAACCUCAGCAUUCACUGCGGUGAGAGGAUCAUCAUGGACCUUCAGGUCAUUUACAAUAAGAUAGUGAGGAGCCGCCGUGGAGGUUGGUGCCUUGAGAACAACUUCCUGUUUGGCUGGGUGCUGAGGGAAAUGGGCUACGACACUACAAUGUUGGGCUCCAGAGUUUUCAACAGUAUCAUCGAUGAUUUCUACCCCACUGAAACUCAUCUCAUCAACAAGGUCAUCAUUGAUGGAAAAGCUUAUAUAACAGAUGUGAGCUUUGGCGUGUCCUCCCAGGUGUGGGAGCCCCUGGAGCUCGUCUCUGGAAAGGACCAACCUCAGGCAGCGGGUGUCUUCCGUCUCAUAGACAAGGAGGACUUCUGGGUGCUGGAGAAGACUGGCAGAAAGCCAGAGGUUCUCAAUCCAGACUUUGCCAAAUCUAGUCUGGUGAGCAGGAAGGAAACCAAGCAGAUAUACGGUUUCACCUUGGUGCCUCGUGAGGUCGAUAAUUUCCUUGAGACAAACCACACACUGCAGACCGACCCUACUUCACUGUUCACCAAUAAAUCCAUCUCCUCUUUGCAAACACCAACAGGAUUCAGAGCCCUUGUUGGUUGGACCUACAGCGAGGUCACCUACAAACCUGAGGAAGGUGUUGAUGUGUUAGACAUGAGGGACAUAACAGAUGAUGAGAUAGAGCAAAUACUGAGGGAAAAGUUCAAUCUGAAGCUGCAGAACAAACUGCAAUCUGUAAACAAAAAAGCUAGUUACACAAUCUGAAAAACAACACACAUUCUUUAUAUAUGUAUAUUAUGAAGUGAUAUCGCAAAGUGAUUUGACGACUGACCAGGGAGAGCGGCUUGUUCAGUAAAUCUGUCUCAGAAAUUAACAGUGCUUUGAAUUUUUUUGUACCGUGUUAAUGAUGCUUUUAUAUAAUCACUGUAAGAAGUAAAAAAUAAACAAUAAUCAAAAUGUU